AUGCUCCUGGUGGUGGCCAUCUCGCGUGCUCACCUCGCAGCAGUCAUGCCGCCGCUGCUAUUCCCACCUGCUAAAACUCUAUUCCUAUCCCACUUCCCACCACCGCCUUCACCUACACCUCGCCUUCAGCUCCGGCGCGCCACCGCCACGGCCGCCGGCGACGAUGCGGCAGCGUCCGGCACGACUGCCAGGGAGCGGCGCCUGGCCAAGGUGCGGGAGGAGCGCCGCCGCCGGGAUUACGACCGCCAGCACACCUACCCCGGCUGGGCCAGGGUGCUGGAGAACGCCUGCAGGGAUGACGAGGAGAUGCGCGCCAUCCUCGGCGACAGCAUCGGGAAUCCAGAGCUCAUGAAGCAAAGGAUCCAAGAAAGGGUGCGCAAGAAAGGCAGAGAGGGCUUCAAUAGACCCAAGACGGGCUCUGUCGCCGCAUUUAAAGUCAGCUUCCGAGACUUCAACCCGUUAAAUGCUUUCAUUUGGUUCGAACUCUUUGGAGAGCCAACUGAUCGAGAUGUCGACCUUCUUGGCGGUGUAAUUCAGGCUUGGUAUGUCAUGGGAAGGCUUGGAGCGUUCAACUCUUCAAAUUUGCAGCUGGCCAAUUCAAUGUUGGACUUUGACCCUUCGUAUGAUUCUGAUGAAGCUUCUGCUGUGAUGCCUUCAUCUUUCCACGAUAUCAGUGAUGUUGAGUUUCAAGACAGUUGGGGCAGAGUAUGGGUGGACCUUGGCACUUCAGAUUAUCUUGGGUUGGAUGUAUUACUGAACUGUCUUACACAAUUAAGCUCAGAACACAUGGGCAUCAAACAAGUGGUUUUUGGCGGCAGAAAACUUGGCGACUGGGAGGAAGGCAUGACAAGCUCCGACUAUGGAUACAAGCAUUUCAAAAUAUAAGAAUCAUCGAGUGAUACACGGCUUGAUUCCUUCAUAUAGUCAAUUGAAAGACAUUAUGUAUGAUAGGAGCGUCACCAACCCCCUAAUUCAGAGAAAUUUUUGUUUAGUGUUUAGGAACGAGGCAGGAAAUAGUCUAAGACUCUGGAUUUGGAUUGCUCGUGUAUGUAAAUAAUUUUCUUAUGGCAACGAUAAUCAAACAUUUGAAGUACAAA